AUGAGUGGCGUUUGGAGAAGUACAGUGCUGUUAACUUUAGCUAUGUGUUGGUUAAUGUGGGCGUUCACUUAUCUCGCACAAUUGCAUCCAUUGGUAGCCCCAAGGAGAUCCGAUCUUAGACCAGAAUACGCCGAGUAA